AUGGCAGAGCCUGCCCUUCUCCCUGCCGCCCAGAUGGAGAGGCUGGCCCCCUUCUCCCUGGCCUCACCGUGUCCCCGGAUCCCGCGGGCCCGCAUCGCCAGACAACCAGGGCGCUGUGCCCGGCGCCGGGCAGACCUGGGCUGCAGCUCUGGCCCCUCCUCAGGCCCAAUGAACCAGCCUCCCCAGAAGAACCCCCCGCCAGCGCGCCCUGCCGAGUGCUCCGGCCCCCGGCUGUCCCCAGUGCAGAGCUCGUCCAUGGAUGGCUUUUGGAUGGAGGUGGAGCGGAUCCAGCAGAGGGAUGAGCUGAAGGAAGAGGACAGCAGCGGGGGUGAAGGCCGGCCCCCAGAGGAAGGAGAGGCCGAAUCCCGGUGGCUGCAAGACACAGGCCUGUCGGGCCUCCUUGGAGGCCUGGGCUUGGACAGUCAUCACCAGGGGCUCCUGUCCACCCUCACACAGACCCAGGUGGCUGCUGUGUGCCGCCGGCUGGAUAGCUAUGCCCGCUCAGCCCGAAGACGACACAAGGCACCUGUCAGAGAUGUCAGGGACAUCUUUGGGGUCUUCCAUUCAGGGGAAAUGACUUCAGAGAAUGGGGACUCGGGUAUGAAAUGGACCCAGCUCAGUUCCGGGACUUCUACGUCUCCUCCAGUGGCAGCAGAGCCAGAGGGGCCACAGGCGCAGGCUGGGAGGGAGGAAGCCUUCCACAUGGACUCUGCCUACUCGGAACAAGCUGCGUUGCUCCUGCAGAGGGGCGUGACCUCCCCGGGUGGCGCCUGUGCCUGGAGCAAGGGUUCCCUGCCGAGGUUUAGGAUCCCCAAAGGCAGACUUGGCUUGACAAGGAUAGGAGACCUGUCCUCGCAGGACAUGAGGAAGAUCCCCGCGUUGGCCCUCAUCGAGCUGACCGCGCUCUGUGACGUCCUGGGCUUGGACCUGAAGAGGAGCAAGGCAGGGAAGCGCAAGGCCGCAGAAACUCGCCUUUUCGGCGUGCCCCUCGAUGCCCUGCUAGAAGCUGACCGCAGAGCCCUCCCCAGCACCCAGGUCCCACUGGUCCUUCAAGCCCUGCUGUCCUGUUUGGAGAAGCGAGGGCUGGACACGGAAGGCAUUCUCAGGGUGCCUGGAUCCCAGGCCAGGGUCAAGGGGCUGGAACGAAAGCUGGAGAGAGAUUUCUACACUGGCCUUUUUAGCUGGGACGACGUUCACCACAACGAUGCGUCCGAUUUGCUCAAAAGGUUCAUCCGGGAGCUGCCGGCGCCUCUGCUCACUGCUGAGUAUCUCCCAGCCUUCACCGUGGUGCCCAACAUCCCCGACCUGAAGCAGCGCCUGCAGGCCCUUCACCUGCUCAUCCUGAUCCUCCCGGAACCCAACAGAAACGCCCUGAAGGCCCUCCUGGAAUUCCUCAGGAAGGUGGUGGCCCGGGAGCAGCGCAACAAGAUGACGCUGUGGAACGUUUCCACGGUGAUGGCCCCUAAUCUCUUCCUGCACCGAGGGCGGCCCCCCAGACUCCCCAAGGGCAAGGAGAAGCAGCUGGCAGAGGGGGCAGCUGAGGUGGUACAGAUGAUGGUGCACUACCAGGAUCUGCUCUGGACGGUCGCCUCUUUCUUGGUAGCCCAGGUGCGAAAACUGAACGACAGCAGUGGCCAGCGCCCCCAGCUCUGCGACGGGGGCUUCAAGACCUGGCUGCGAAGAGUACACGCAGACAGGGACAAGGCGGGGGAUGGCCUCGAGGCGACUCCCAAAGUGACAAGGAUCCAGGUGGCCUGGCCUAUCAAAGAUCCCCUGGAGGUGCCCCUGACCGCUGGUACCAAAGUGGCCCACGUCCUCAGGCAGUUCACAGAGCGCCUCAGCCCCGGUUCACAGGGUCAAGAGGGCAAUGAGGACACAGACAGCCUCCUCCCACGCAGCGGGUCCAUGAAGUCAGUCGACAUCCUCCUCUAUGAAGUUGGAGGGAACAUCAGUGAGCAUCGCCUGGACCCAGAUGCCUACCUCUUUGAUCUGUAUCGUGCCAACCCCCAUGGCGAAUGGGUCAUUAAACGGAGCCCCACCUAUGCCUUGGGACUCUAAGGAGCAGCCCGGAUGCCACACCCCUGCCCCUGUGGGCUCUGUACCCAUGUGCCCAGCAUGGGAGCACAGCUGUUUGAGGGGAAGGUCUGGAUCUUCCUCCAAGGCGUGGUCUCUGAAAUGCCUCUCAGAUCCUCCCCACAGAACCUCGAACACAGAGCCCUCACUCCAUGCGCUCCCCAGUCCUCAGGACAGUCGGCUC